CAUCAUUUAUUUGUUAUAUAAAUACUCAUCCUAAACAAUCUCCUUCAGAAGUCUUAAGUAAUUUAAAAUUUAGCUCUUUUUGAAGUCAGCACUUAAAAUUCAGUUAUAGCUUCCAAAAUGCUACGAACGAAAUUACUAAAAUGUGUAAGUUACAACACAACAAAGAUCUUCAUGUCGACAAAUGCAGAAACCGCUGCAUUUGAAAACAAACUUGAGCACUAUAAGAAUUUGCACGCUUUGGACACCACAGACGCUAAACCACAAGGCUGGGACGAAGCAAAACCGUUUGACAGCAUACCAGGACCCAAACCACUACCAAUUAUUGGAAAUAUGUGGAGAUUUGCGGUACCAAUAUUUGGAGACUUUUACGGAAAGGACUUCGUAGACAUCCACAGAGAUUUAAAUAGACAGUAUGGCAAUAUUUCAAUCCUGAGAGGACUGUUGGGAAAAUCAAUCGUUGUGCUCUUCGACCCGAAAGAUUUUGAAACGUUAUUUAGAAAUGAAGGUGUCUGGCCAAUAAGAGACAACAUUCCAUCUCUUGAAAAGUAUCAGGAAUCAAGGAAAGGUGUCAAAACUUUUGGACUAGUAACACGUCAAGGAGAAAGCUGGUUCAGAUUUAGAUCCGUGGUAAAUCCAAUUCUGAUGCAACCAAAAAAUAUCGCGCGAUACACAGAUAAGAUGAACCUCGUUGCUGAUGAACUGGUGGACAACAUAAAGCAUCUCGCCAAACAAAACAAAGAUGGUGAAAUGCCCGAUGACUUCAGGAACGAACUAUACAAAUGGUCUUUGGAAUCUGUCGGAGUGGUGACACUAGAUACACAUUUGGGUUGUUUAAAACGCGAUUUAAAAGCCGACUCCGAGCAGCAAAAAAUUAUAAACAAUGCAAUCCAAUUCUUCGAUUUGAUGUACAAACUUGACUUUAGACCUUCGUUGUAUAAAUACAUGAACACUCCCGACUGGAAACAAUACGUUUCAGUUAUAGAUUUUCUCGUGGAGACAAAUAUCAAACACAUUAAUCGAGCUUUAGAUAAACUGGCCAAACAAGAAAACGAUCCCGAAAAUGAAAUAAAAAGUGUACUGCAGCAACUACUGAAAAAAGACAAAGACACGGCUGUUGCAAUGGCCAUGGAUAUGAUGCUUGCUGGAAUAGACACAACUGGACGAAUUUUGGGUGCAGGCCUAUACUACCUAGGCAAAUAUCCAGAAAAACAGGAACAACUCCGAAAGGAAGCGCAAGCUUUGCUUAAAAAUAAAGACACACCGAUUACGAAAGAAGUAUUGGCAAAAGCUCCCUACUUGAAAGCUGUGGUUAAAGAAGUCACCCGUUUGGCUCCCAUAGGUAUUGGAAACAUGCGCAGAACGCAGAAAAAACUGGUCCUGGCAGGUUACCAAAUACCAGAAAACACAGACGUUAUGUCAUCAAACUUGGUGAUUUCCCUGAUGGAUGCCCACUUUCCCAAAGCUAGAGAUUUUUUGCCUGAACGCUGGCUAUCGCAGUGUCCGGCUGACAUUUCCCACAAAAAUGCAAAUCCAUUCAUUCUGGCACCAUUUGGGUACGGCCCAAGAAGCUGCAUUGGAAAAAGAUUAGCCAAUUUGGAACUGGAUGUGGCAUUUUUAAAGAUCGCCAGAAAUUUCGAGAUAAGUUGGCCCCACAAAGACAUGAAAUUUGCAACGACUACUCUAUAUGGUAUUGCGGACCCUUUGAAAAUUCGUGUGAAACCCGUAGACGACUAAAAGGACUGUUAUCCUUUUAAUUUUAUGUUUAUUCGUUGAUAUAGCUGUAAAUAAGAGUGUGAUGUUAAAAUAAGGUACGUUUGUGAGAUUUAACUUGAAGAUUUAUUUCUAAUUAUAAAAACAAAGCUACAAGUA